GUUAAAAAAUGAUCAUUAAAAAUCAGAUCCAACACUAAUUUUACAGCACAAGUACUCUUAAAAAAAUAAAACAGAGACAACACGCACGUGAAUUUUGCGCAGGACAAAUCUUAUUUUUUCACAUUUUGGGGCCGGCCGCCUGAAACGACAUUUAAUUAUGACAGAAUUUGUUUGCAUUGUGAAGGUAAAAGUUGGAGUGUGGAUAGAGGGGAAGGAAGAAAUGGAAUUUGUUGGGGUGGGUGCAAGAUUUGGGCGUAGCUUGGAGUCGAAAGAGAAACGCGCUAACCAAACACGCCUUACACUUGCUAAUCCUACCGACUCUUGUAACAACACGCCGAGGAUUAAGCUGGGUGGUGAAGCAAUAUUGGCGCAUAGAGGGAAUUGCAGUUUUGCUACCAAAGCAAAUGUUGCAGAGGCAGCUGGUGCCUCAGCUAUCCUCAUCAUAAACAACCAAACAGAACUGAUGAAGAUGGUAUGUGGGGAAAAUGAGAGUGAUCUGGAUAUUGGCAUACCUGCAGUCAUGCUCCCACAAGAUGCUGGCAAAAUUUUGAUACAAAAUGUAAUGAAUAACUCAUUAGUAUGGGUGCAGCUAUACUCUCCAAAACGGCCACCAUUUGACGUAGCCGAAGUGUUUUUGUGGUUGAUGGCGGGUUCGACCAUUUCUUGUGCGUCUUAUUGGUCGGCACGGAGCGCCAGGGAAGCGGCCAUUGCUCACGAUAAAUUCCUAAAGGACGAUGACAAUAAGUAUGAAUACCACGAGGAGGAAGAGGGGACACAAUGUAGUAGCGGUGUGUUGGAAAUCAACGUAGUUUCUGCAAUCCUUUUUGUUCUUCUUGCCUCCUUCUUCCUCGUUACUCUUUACACGCUAAGGUCGUUUUGGUUUAUUGAGGUCUUGGUGGUUCUCUUCUGCAUCGGUGGCGCCGAGGGUCUGCAAACCUGUUUGGUCACAUUGCUUUCAUGUUUCAGAUGCUUUGAAAACGCUGCCGAGACAUUUGUGAAAAUACCUCUCCUUGGUGCAAUGUCACAUCUGACUCUGGCGGUGGCUCCCUUUUGCAUCGCGUUCGCCACCGCGUGGGGUGUUUUCCGGCACGUCUCCUUUGCAUGGAUAGGUCAAGAUAUACUUGGCAUUGCAUUGAUCAUCACAGUUCUCCAGAUUGUUAGAGUGCCUAAUCUCAAGGUGGGAACAGUUCUCCUGGGUUGUGCGUUCUUUUACGACCUGUUUUGGGUGUUCGUAUCGGAGUGGUUGUUCGAGAAGAGUGUGAUGAUAACGGUUGCUCGUGGGGGCAUGAGCGGAGAAGACGGCAUUCCGAUGCUGCUAAAAAUGCCGAGGAUGUUUGACCCUUGGGGAGGAUAUAGCAUCAUUGGUUUUGGGGACAUUAUUUUACCUGGCUUGCUUGUUGCUUUCUCACUCAGGUAUGACUUUUUAUCGAAGAAGAGCCUUCGAAGUGGUUACUUUCUAUGGACAAUGAUGGCCUACAGUUUUGGUUUGCUUGUAACAUAUGUUGCCCUCAACUUGAUGCAUGGACAUGGCCAACCUGCAUUGCUUUACAUAGUUCCCUUCACCUUAGGAACAAUUUUUGCACUGGGGAUGAAGCACAGUGAGCUCAGUCAGCUAUGGUCAAAAGGAGAUCCAGAUAGACCUUGUCCCCAUUUCCAUCAACUCCAGUUUAAUUGAUGAAUAAGGGCUUAAUUAGGAGGAAAGAAAAGCAAAGUGUAACU